AUGGUGAAAACUCGUGGAGCUUCCUCUAAGAGGACCCCUGCUUUUCAAUCCAAAAAGGUGCCCUCUCCAUCGCCUCCUCCAUCUAUGUCAAUGGUGCCUCCAUCUGCUCCAGCACCAGUGGCAUCUGUUGGGAAAACUCCCAAAUCCAAGGCGCGCAGGAAGGUGUUCUCCCUCUCUACUGAACACCCCAUGGUGUUUCCAGAUAUCACGGCUGAUAUUGUCAAUGUUGCACCACCAUCUGGAGUGGUGGUGCCCUCUCAAGCCAAGAACCUAUCUCCUUUUCCAAUUGAAUUGUCUCUGACGGCUAGGGAAAAAUCAAAAUCUGUUUCAUCCUCUUCCAAAGCUACUGUUGCUGGGUUACUCAAGCUGCCAAUGAAGCCGAGCCAGUCCAAGAAAAAUUCGGUGGCUCCAAAAAGAAAAUUGGGGUUGGACUCGUCUUCUUCCCCCUUGACUGUUGACAAGAAAAUAUUGAAGGCUCAUCCCCCUUCUCCGUCUUCCUCUAAAUCUGAACCUAAGGAAGCAAAAUUCGAGUCUGAAGACACCCAUGAUACCACCUUAUCUAAUGAAUCUGUUCUUGACAAUGCAAAAUCAGAGGCUGAGUUUGAUGAGCUAGAACAAGAAGACGUUGUCCCUACUGAACAAGAAACUAAAUCUGACACAGAGUCAGUUGCAACUCCAUUGUCAUCCAAAGGUAAAGGCAAGAGACUUAUUUCUGAUUCUACACCAUCUCCAAGACUCUCAAGUGUUAAUUUCAAACCUCAUUCUUCUACUUUUUGUUAUAGUGACAAUGCUCGUGAUAUGGUUCUCUAUGCUCAAAGGAAAUUUCUCAUUGAGAGAAAUUAUGUCUUGAGUGAUCAUCGUCCUUAUGGUGUGCUAACAAUGCUUCAAGAUCGAAAAUGGACAGGUUCUUUGGUUAAAUUUACUAGUUUUGUGGAUAGAAUAGUCAAGGAAUUCUAUGCCAAUCUUACUAAUGAAAUUAUUGACCCUAAAUCUCCUCUAUAUUGUAAAGUGUAUGUUAGGGGCCAUUGGUUCUCUUUUUCUCUACAAGAUAUUGCAGAGGCUUUGCAUCUUCCUCUUGAUGUUGAGGAUGAUGAUGAUCUUGCCUCUCUUGACAAGGAUGCGGUUAUCACUGAAUUAGUAGGGCAAAAAAUGGUAUGGCCAUCUAAUACAAUCAUCUCGGUCACUAAUCUCACCUACACUUAUGAUGUUCUCGAUAAGUUUUCCACAACAAAUUGGAAACCAACUCUUCACACAUCAACUAUCUCAUUUGACAUGGCUUCCUUUUUGUACAAAGUGGGGACCGGAAUUGCCUCUGCUCCAACUACUAAAGCCACUGAUGCUCCAUCAACCAAGAAAGCCAAGCCUCAAUCUCUGAAGUUUACCUCGGAUGACAUUCCUCUUGAAUCCUCCUCUGUUCCCACAGAUUCAGGACCUGUUGCUACAGAACUAGCUGUUGUUCGAGCCUCUGUUGAUUCUUUGGCUGCUCGAGUGAUGACGAUUGAAGGACUGCAACGUUCUGUGUUGGAUGAUGUCCAAACUCUGUCCAAGGAUCCAGCCGUUUAG